GACGCUGUCGGCGGUUCCCUUCUCAUGUUGUUUUGUAUCAUGCUAUGUGGAAUUGUAUAACUUUUUCUAUGUAUAUUUUUUCAUCGAACACGCAUAACGAUGCCGAGGGUUCCAGCUGAACUUGAAUUUGAAACUCUGGCCGAGUGUAAAUACAAUUUUCCUGCGGAAGCACUGAGGGAUAUCAGGAGUGUCACAGCAACAUACGGAGAUCUGCGGAUGUAUGUGGACUUCUACUGUUACCCCAACAAGGAGAAGAAGAAGUUGGUUUGUUUGGCUGGCACUAUUCCAGUACCAUAUGAUGGUAAUACAUACAACAUCCCAGUACGCAUUUGGCUUCAUCAGACACACCCCCAAAACCAACCAAGGUGCCAUGUGUGUCCGUCGGGUUCUAUGGUGAUCAACCUCCAAUGCCCUUGUGUGGAUGCAAGUGGGCAUGUCAGUCUCAUUUGUCUUAACAACUGGAAGAGUGGUCAGUCCAGUCUCGCACAAGUUGUCGCAGAGAUGAGAUCUGCCUUCCUAAAAGAGACUCCCCUCUUUGCCACACUGAGAGCUGAGACGCUACCUACCCCAGCACACAGAGCACAUGCAGAGUGUCUUGAUGCUCAUGGACAGCAUCUAUCUGAUGGCGGCUGGCUCAACCCAAGUAGCUAUUCUACCCAAACAGUUGGACAGUCAUUGAUGCAGACCCCGAGAGAGAGAGCUUCACCCAACGGUUUAAAGUCCAGCCAGUCUGAGGUAGUUGGGGAGUCCAGGGUGAGGCGAUCCUACACGGAAGAGCUGUUGGAGAUCGACUUCAGACCAUCUGACCCGCCUUUACAGUACUCCUCCUCCAACCCUUUCAUCGGUAGUGGCUUAGCUCCAAAUGCAACUCCAUCCAGCUCGGGGGACAUCAGCAACCUAUUCAGCAGCCUGCAGUUGGAAAAUGUGGUCAACAUGUACCAGCUUGAAACCAAAGAUAACACUUCUAAAGGAGCUGCCACACUUUCCCACACUCCCUCUGGAGAGAGCCAGACCACUCCCAAGCCCUCCCCCACCCCCCUGGCCCUGGUGGAUGACAGCCACAGGGUCCUGGUGAACAAGCUGCCCGUGGGCGUGGUCCCUCGACACAUGAAGAACAAACUGACGCUCUACUUCCAACGCAAGACCAACGGAGGAGGGGAGGUUGUGGAUGUGACCUACCCUGCAGCCCAGCCUGACCAGGCCUGCAUCACCUUCCACAGCUCCAUAGAUGCAGAGCAAGUGUUACAACAGGCAAACAGAAUUAUCACUUUGAAUAACAAACCUGUCCUUAUCCAGUUGAGGAGCUUUGACAGUUGUCAGACUCCAAUCCCAGAUGUCAUCUCCGGGGACAAGGCAACCAUGUUCAGGAGCCUGUUGUCCCUGGAGGGGCAGAGCUUCACCCCUGCUGAUGUCCAGGAGGCGGUGCAGUUGUGCAGCGACUUUCCCUCGGCUCUCAAGUUCCUCUCCCACGAGUGCCCCAUCUGCCAGGAGAUGAUGUCCUUCUGCAAGAUCGUCACUAUGACCCACUGCUCGUGUGCCUUUUGUGAGGCCUGCUUCAAGGCCUACUUCUCAGCAGCCAUCAAGGAGAAGAGCAUCGCCCACAUGGUGUGUCCCCUGUGCAGCCAGCCGGACGUUCGUACCCAGGGGCUCACGGAGGGGUUGAUGGACUACUUCAGCCUGCUAGACACCAAGAUCAGACAUUAUCUGGAUCCUCAGACCCAUGAGUUGUUCCAGAGGAAGCUGAGAGACAGAGCCUUACAAGAAAUGCCCAACUUCCGCUGGUGUGCCCAUUGCUCGUUCGGCCUUCUACACGAGGCAGACCGAUUAAGGAUGGACUGCCCUAGCUGUGGGAAAAGCACCUGCUCCCGAUGCAAGACUGCUUGGGCUACCCAGCAUGAGGGGCUCUCAUGUCAGAAGUUCAAAGAGUGGAAACUCCACAAUGACCCAGAGCACCACACUACACGACUAGAGAUCCUCCUAAACAAGAACAAAAUAGAGUGUCCAAAAUGCGAGUUUGUGUUCUACCUCUCCAAGGGUGGUUGCCUCCAUUUCAAAUGCACCCAGUGCCAGCAUGAAUUCUGUGGCAGCUGCAAAAGGUCCUUCAAAUUAGGCUCCGCUUGUAAGUUCUCUGCUGAGUGUGGUACUAAGGGGUUACACGCCCACCACCCCAGGGACUGCCUGUACCACCUAAGGGACUGGAGUGUGACCAGACUUCACAAGCUACUACAGCAUUACAGAGUCUCCCUCUCAAAUCGGAUCAAAGAAGACUUCACUAAGACAGGCUUUAGAGGUGUGUGUGCUGUUCUGGAGCUACGAGACACGGGCGGUAGGAAGGAGGAACCGUGUGGUCGACCAGCUCUUACUGAGCACAACGGCUACUGCGCACUCCAUUAUAAGGAGUACCUGGUUGAAAUCAUUAACCGAAGUCAGGCCGACCCAGCGGUUCUGUUUGACGCAGCAGAGAUUGUGACAGAUUUACAGAGAUGGCAUGUCCCUGUUCCACAGAGGAAGCCUCAAGAACCUGAGCCACUCUACAUACACCGCCUCAGACUGAUACUUACCCAGAGUGUUCGCCUGAGGGACCAUGGCACUCCUGUGAAGGUGAAAGGUCACCUUUGCCCACCUAUGGGAAGCAUGUGGCCUGCUGCCCAGGACAUCUCAGCUAGUGGCUUCUCAGAAGACUCCCAGUUAUUGUUACUACUCAAUGACUAAGGAUGCCAACCAGAACAAUGUUAUGCAAUGACCUCUGACACGCUUAUUUAGGAUUAAAUUGUCUAGUGUCGUCCUGUUUAAAUAUAUGAAAUUAUGGUCAGACUUAAAUAAAAGGGAAUAAUAUCCAUUUUACAGAAUCUAAUUGUAUGGGUACGGUACGCCCAUCAGUCUCAAUGGUUCCACCUAUGUUGGACUAAUAAACCCGUUGGAUUAACCCUAUAAGAGACCCUGCUCGGCUUCUGAGCACAUGAUGGGACUGCACACGGCCUUGUUUACAUUUCACAAAAUGUCACAAGGCGGCCACAUGUCCUGAGUUGACAUGGCUUGUGACAUUUUGCAAACAAACAAACAAACAAGCAAAGUAGGGACAUUUUAAGAAUUGUGGUGAUUCUAUAGUUUAAGUGGAUCUCACUGAAAACUCAUUUCAAACCCAACUCAAAUACAUCCUUGUUCUGUCUAUGAAGGAUAUUUGAAGUGCACGUCACUACAUAAUUGAUUAAGUGGAUUAUGUGGUAUGAAAUGAAUGUGUCCAUGCACAAAUGCAUAAAAAAGGUUGAUUAGAUUGAAAGAUAAAAAUAAAGUGAAUGGUAUGAGUGAGAGUAAUGAUUAUGGAGAAAAGCUCAUUUUUUCCUUUGGGAUGUUUGAAUAUGCAGGAUAUGUCUAUUUAACACUGCUAAACUGUUUUUUUAUGCAAGUCUAUAAUGUGAAAUGAAUGAGCUACUUAAUGCACUUUUUGUUUCCUUGUUUAGUAGAUUUUUGGCCCCUAAGGCUGUAAUGUUUUUCAUAAAGUCAGGACUAAUGUAGGCACUGGUCUCAAUGUGACUUUACCUUAAACAAAGGUAAAGUAGGUGAUUCAAAUAGGUUCUCAGGAUUGAAGUUAGAGUUAAGUACAUCCAAUAAGACGUUUUCUUGAUUAUGCACUGUACAUUAUCUGCUAGUAUGGUACAAUAGUCAACACACUAUUCAGUACGUUCUAAUGUUUUACACAAAUAUUUCCUCUUAAAAUGUAUAGAAUUGUUUUCCAUAUAGAGCUAACACAAUUACAGUAAUUACAAAGUGUGUUAUUAUUUAUGA